UCGCAAAUUUCCUCUCGUGACGAUAAAUCUGGGCAAACCGAUUUGUACAGAUUCAUCCGAUGUGUGGUUAACACGUGGACGCUAUGAAAAUUAAUUUAACUGCAGAGAUUACAACUCUCAAAAAUGUGUUGCUCCGCGUAUAGCCUCCGUUAUUACCCUGGGAGAAAAAAAAAAGCCAUCGAGUCGAAAACCAUAUUUCUUCAAAUAGUUCCUAAGAAAUAUUUUGUUAGUUUAUGAUUAUUUGACUAAAACUCGAGUAAAUCGGAUGCGACGAUUUGCCCACGCGAAUUAACACGAGACGGUGAUAAGAGGAGAACCGUCCACGCCAAAAGAUCCUCUUCAGGAAUGACAAGACUCUUCCAGGGUGGGGAAUGCUUCCAGGACCUCCACUAGUUCCCACAUUUUGUUUACAUAUCAUGAACGCUUCAGAGAAUAAGUUGAUCUCCGGACGGUAAAGGACUAACAAUUUUUUAACGGAAAUUCGUUCGCCAAAAUGCGGAUCAGAAGUACGUGUACCCGGUCCCAGAUGCCCGCGAUUGUCAUCAUCGUGGUUUGGGUGGUCGUCCUGGCGAUGCUUCUCUAUGCAGCCUCCAGGGUCGGUUCUCUUCGAGAUCGCUUUCGCAUGAUCGGGAGCGAAGAGGGGAAUCGGCAACCUCUUCGGGAUUACGGGAGACACGAGGGUCCUGCAGAAGGACCUGCCUAUUCCGCGGGGAUGUACAUGGCCGGCCGCAGACCUGGAAACCGCAGUUUCUGCAGAUGGUCCUACGGGCUCCCGUUCAUCCUCGAGUAUUCCCAGGCCAAGAUCACUUCCAGCCCUGAAGCCGGAGAACGAGGAUCCUACAGGAUCCUGCCAUUCAUUGUGGCAGGGAUUGGGAGUGGAAUGGAAAAUCCUGGAUAUCCUGGAUCUCCUGGGAUUCAACUUCCUCCCUUGACUUUGUGCACUCACGCCACCGCUGACCAGGUCUACGCCAUUGUCGAGCUCGCCAGAAGAUGGGAAGGUCCCAUAAGCUUGGCGGUGUUCGCCCCGGGUCUGGACCUCGACCUCGCCGUGGCCCUGCUGGAUCGCGCCUGCCGCUGCGAGUCGUCCAUGACGAAGGUGUCCGUGCAUCUGGUCUUCCCGGCAGGUCGACCUCCAACCUUAGGAGGUUCUUUCGACCUAGGUCGAGGCGACUGUGCAGCUUCCGACCUCCAGUGGCGCGAGGACGAAACCGUGAGGCACAAGAUGGGCAUGACCUACCCCAUCAACGUGGCCAGGAACGUCGCCAGAACCCUGGCCACCACGUCGAGGGUGCUCGUCAGCGACAUCGAGCUUCUGCCAAGCGAUCGACUCGCCUCCGGCUUCCUGGAGAUGGUCGGCGACCAACCACCCAGGGUCGCCGUUGCCUUCGUCCUGCCCGUCUUCGAGGUGGAGGCUUAUGAAACUCCUCCUGGGAAUAAACGCGACCUGCUGAUGACCUCCAAGCUCGGCACCGCCGUCUACUUCCAUAGGUUCGUUUGUCCUCACUGUCAGCGGUUCCCUGGACUCACCAAGUGGAUGCUGAGACCUGACCCUGGAAGGGUCCGACCUCUUCUCGUCACUAGGAGAGAAUUUCCUCAUCACAGGUGGGAGCCCGUUUUUAUCGGGACCAAGACCGAUCCUCUGUACACGGAAGAAUUAUCCUGGGAAGGUCGGCAGGACAAAAUGGCACAGAUGCUGGAGAUGUGUCUUUUGAAUUAUCGCCUGGUAGUCCUCGACGGGGCAUUUUUAGUCCAUACUCCAGGAAUCAAGAAAAAAUCAAAUCGUCUCGAUCGCGACCAGAGGCGAAACGGCCAACACGAGAAGAGGAACAGUAAAACAUACCGGAAUGUCGUUCGAAGAUUGCUCUCUCACUAUCCUACGAAUCGACGAUGCACCCAAUAAGGACUGCGUAUUUUUUCCAUAUUUCAUCUGCCACCCCUUUUGAAAAUUUAUUCAAAUCUCAACGAGCCUCUUUUCGUCGCUGAGAGUACACAGUUGGUAUCGAGAUAACUGGAUCCUGCCCUGAAAAGACAUUAAGUAACAGUGGGAAAAAGUACGAGUUCAGUUAACGCACAAUUUGGAUCGCAAUAGCGGGAGAACGCUUCCCCCUGGAAACGGAAAAGCGAGCCGGAAUUGCGCGAACGGAAAAUUGCGGUCCUCUGAUUGGCUGAUCGCGG